UAAGUUUCGUUUGGUGCAUAACGUAGGCUCAGGGAAACGGAGGCCGGCUUUUCAGAACUUCAGUCUUCAGUUAACAUUUUGGUUCAUUUUAUUUAAGUUGAAUCCAUCCAUGUUGAGGCCUGGAUUGAUGAGACAUUCUUCUUUCAACUUGGUGGCUACUUUGCUCUGUUCUCCAAUUGUAGAAGUUUCCUCAUCUCUUGGUAUUUGGAACUCCAUAUUCCAAGUGACGAGACGUGCUUCCCAUUAUUCAGCUGAGGAAAAAUUGAAUAUUCUUGCUAAGAGGACCCUUCGCAAAGCAGGAAUUGAGACUUCCUCCAAGAUGACUGCUGACAUAUUAUGGCCACCGGAAAAAGUUAGAGGAAUGACAACUCUUGACCAUGAAGCAUUCCACAAGACCAUCACAGUACCAGUAGCACACGUUUCUCUGAGCGCCGUUUCACCCGUCUUCAAAGUAUUGAAGAAGUACUACUUGAAGCUCUGCAAUUUUUCUGCCAUCAAAGAAGGGCCUCCUGGAACGAAUUAUAAAGUAGUGUACUUGAAUCCAUUGUCAUUUCCAGGCAAUGAAUCCAAAAUUUCAGAAGAAAUUGAUGAAUCAUGCAAAAAGUUCUUCAAAACUGUUUCUUCUGGUGAACGACCCGUGCAGUUCCUUACUUCACAAAUUGAACUCACGUAUGAAAACUGGGAUGCACCAGAAACAAUUCAAGCUGUGCUACCAUUGGAAGACAACGGCGUCUCAGGAUAUUCCAGGGUUGGCCAUAUAAUUCACCUCAACUUGAAAGAGCAUUUGCAUCCGUACAAAAAUAUAAUUGGGAAGAUUAUUCUAGACAAAAGUCCAACAGAAGUUUCAAUGGUAGUUAACAAGGUUGAUACAAUUGAUAACUCUGACAACACAUUUAGAUGUUUUACCAUGGAAGUGAUUGCUGGAGGCGGAGAUACUGUUGCAACUGUAAAGGAAAAUAUGUGUACAUUCACUUUCGACUUCGCAAAGGUGUAUUGGAAUCCAAGACUAUCAACUGAACAUGAGAUGGUGGUCAAGAUGCUUGAUAGAAGUGACGUACUGUACGAUGUGAUGGCAGGUGUUGGACCGUUCAGCAUCCCUGCAGCUGCGCAGAGGAAGUGCCGUGUUGUCAGCAACGAUCUGAACCCAGAAUCUUUUCGAUGGCUAUGCCAUAAUGUUGCGCUAAACAAAGUUGGUGAGAGAGUGACUUGCUUUAAUCAGGAUGGAGGUGACUUCAUCAGAUCAACACUCAAAGAAGACCUGAUCGCCACGUGUACAGAUCCCGAUUUUCAAGGUGAAAUUCAUGUUACAAUGAACUUGCCCGCAAUAGCAAUAGAAUUUCUGACCAACUUUGUGGGUCUCUUGUCCGAUGCCAACCUGUGCAGCGACACGUUCAAGCUCCGCGAGCCGAUAGUCCACGUUUACAUGUUUUCUAAAGAUCUUAAAGCCAGCAGCUGUGCCACACGAGUCGCCUAUUACUUGGGAUUAGUUGAUGAACUCCCAGAUUUUGAUGCAGAAUUCACAACAAAGCUUCAAGCAUAUACUGUCGCUGCAAAGUCUCAGAAAAGUGCUUGUGAUGAAACUUGUAAAGAAACCGAGGCAUUCACCCCUAACAUUAAAUUCGUUAAUGACAAGUACGACAUACCUGGCUUGAUAGUGAAGCAUCUAAGAUUCGUCCGUAAAGUUUCUCCGAAUAAAGCUAUGAUCAGAAUGAGCGUUGUCAUCAGUAAGGACAUUUUAGUGAAGAAGAAGCCCGUUCUCGACAGACGGGAAGGACGAUUGCAAGACCAACAUGCCAGCAAGAAGAGAAAGUUAGAAACGGAAAAUUUCUGAGAGUUUGCAGCAUACCUUUCCAUUUCAUAGUCCAUUGGCGCCAUUUCCAUUUUGUGAUCCAUCGACUAAUUCUUCCGGUCAUUGUAGGUUAUUGACUUAGGACCAUUUAUGAUUUGUUCUAUAUUCACAGUGUGAUUUUCUCAGCUGAAAUAUGUGGUAUAAAAUCUGUAUCCCGCCCUAUUUAUUUGAAUCAAACUCUUAUAAAAU